AUGUAUUCGCAGCCCCGAGGCUCGUCUCCUUCAAUUGCCAACAGCGAGUUGAACGACUACUAUGAUCAGCUUCCGCCCCCACACCGUUUGUCAAGCUUUUCGACAAACUCCACCACACAUCUCGCAGAAACCUAUACCGACGUCCCCGCACCUAUCCGGACCAGGCCUUAUUACGGUGACAGACGCGGAGAAUUCCCUGAGACCCCCUUCGUCGAGGAAAAGGCGUCCACGCGAAGCAGCAGAAAGAAAUGGAUCGUCUGGGGGCUGGUUGUCGUUGGCCUUCUCGGUGUCGCUGGUGCCGUUGCAGGAGUAGUAAUUUCUCAAACGUCGAAGAGCUCAUCAUCAUCUGGAUCCAAUCUUGCUAUCACCGGGGAUCCUAGUCAAUUCUCGAAGGAUUCUCGUCUCAAACAGUCUUUCUAUGGUAUAGCGUACACUCCAGAAGACUCCAUUUAUCCUAACUGCAAUAUCCAACUUGCGGACGUCGUCACAGAUAUGCAACUACUUUCUCAGCUGACAUCACGUAUUCGCUUGUAUGGUAGUGACUGCAACACCACAGCGAUGGUUCUCGAAGCUAUCCAACUCACUCAAGUGAACAUGACAGUGUUCAUUGCCAACUACCCUGAUGCCACCGACAAUGGUGUAGCUUACAACAGACAAAAGACGGCAAUUGAAUCUGCUAUCCAAGCUUAUGGAACUGACCAUAUCGGUGGUGUGACAGUUGGAAAUGAGUUCAUCCUCGAUUACCUUGACGCAAAUGGAGCUACAGAUCCGAAUGGUUCCGUCGGAAACCAAGGAGCUGCUAUAUUGACUCCCCUCAUCGACGACACAAAAUCUAUGCUGCAGAGUCUAGGUGUCACACUGAAAGUCGGAAACGCUGAUGCUGGGUCCUUCUUCAAUGACAAGGUUCUCGCCGACGUGGACUAUGGUAUGGCCAACGUUCACCCUUGGUUCGCGAACGUUAGUAUCGAUGCCGCUGCCGGGUGGACAUGGGAUUUCUUUGAAGAUACCGAUGUGGCGUUAGCCCAAAAUUUGUCUAAUAAACCAGACAUGUCCAUCGCCGAAACAGGUUGGCCUACGAACUCAAGUGAUGCGGGUAACGAGUCAAAUGGAGCGUCCACAGCAUCAGAGGCCAAUCUUCAAACAUUCAUUGACACAUUCGUCUGUCAAGCAAAUGCCAACGGAACAGAAUACUUUUUCUUCGAGUACUUCGAUGAACCGUGGAAGACUCAACAAUUCGGUGGUGUGGAGGGUUAUUGGGGCUUGUUCUACUCAAAGUACGGUUUCUACCAAUUAUUUUCUCUUCUUCUCAACUAA